AUAUAGGGGGACUGACGUUUUAAUGUGCAGCGAUCAGUGCUAAGGUGUGUGUGUGUUUGUCAUUGAGUGGUGGUGCUAUAACGUCAACCGUGAAUUGAAUAUGCCACCUGCUGUAAUUGUUUUGCCAUUGCAGGUUAGGAAACGAACGCAGUUUUCGUUUUCUCUCUCGCUCGCUCCCUUUCUAUUUCAUCUCUUUCUUUAUUGGCAAUUUGGCAUGACGUACACAGGUAGGCCUAGCUAUAUAAUAACAUUUUUUUUAAUCACAUUGAAUGCAUUCAAAUCAAUGGCAAUGGCAUUAGAUAUUGUGUGACAUUGGAUAUCAUUAGAUAUUGUGUGUUGUGUGUUUCUGUCUAUUUUACACACUCCUGCGUAAUUGUUGCAGUUGAGGAAUAAAGGAUUGGGGGAAAAAAGAUAAGUAUUUUUUAUUUAGAUUGAAAACCACCCACAUUUCUCUGGCCUGUAGGGUUGAUUGGCUUAUCAAUUUCCAUAGACACUUGGCAAACAGGAUGUUUAAUCUCUCAGCGUUCGAGAAUGUGUGACCAUGGAGACGGAUAAACAAACACAGAAAGCGGUUGUUGGUAGAAUGGCUGCGAAAAAUGAAACAGCGCAAGAAUCUGUCGAUGGGCCAUAUUACCUCGAAAAGGUGUUGAUACCAGAUGACUCAGACGACGAUUAUCAAUAUGAGGAGGUUCUUGCCGAUGAAGAAAGGAGCUUGGCAGAGGGGGAUGAUGAGGAUUUGGAGGCCGCGGUAAGAGCAUUGCGCGAUGCUUCAGAUGGAACGGGGUCAGUGUUACAGAGGCUCAGCUCAGCUAAGCAACCCGUCUCACACAUUCCAGAAGUGGUGGACGACUUUCUCCGCAACUUCCUUGUCAAAAUGGGCAUGAGCAGAACUUUGGAUUGUUUCCAAGCAGAGUGGUACGAAAUGGAGCAGAGGGGGUUGUUGAAAACCGAGCUAGUGGAGUUUGUGCCUGACGCGUAUACACACAACCAACUUCUAGACAACGAGCUGAAGAAUGUACAGAGAGAGCGGGACAGCUACAGGCAGGCAGCUUCCAAAGCUAGCGAAACACUGGUAAAACUUCAGAAAGAGAGGGAUUUCCAUCGUCUGCAGCAUAAGCGUGUUGUCCAAGAAAAGAACAGGCUUGUUGAAGACAUCAAACGACUGAAGAAGCACUAUGGGUCAUAUGAGCCUGCACUGAAGCAGUUGAGUGAUAAGUACCAAGUGGCGCUGAAACAGAAGAUGCUCAUCAGUUUAGAGAGGGACAGAGCAUGUGGCCAGGCCAACAGUCUGGAAGCGACCCUGUGUAAUGUACAUUCCUCAUCUACAAUCCGCUCAGCCAACAGAGACACAGGUCUGCCCCCACAACAGGAGAAAUAUCAGAGUACGUCUGGGAAAGGAAUCCAGCUACAGAAUGAUGGAAUUGCACUCUAUGACCAAGACAAAGACCCAACCAAAAACACAGCUCAGAAACACCUGAAAGACUCAGAGUUUCCUGUCAGCAGCCGUGUGAACCCCUACUUAGGCCAAAUUAAAGCCCUGGCCUCACACUGCCCCAAAGCAUCUGGAUUCCGCUUCACCAACUCACUGAAGGCCCAUACCCUGCCAAUAAGCUGUCUCGCCCUGCACCCCCGGAAGUUUAUUGUAGCCUCCUCCAGUGACGAUCAGCUCUGGAGGUUGUGGGGUAUGCCCAUGGGGGACAUGAUCAUGACUGGAGAGGGUCAUAGUGAUUGGCUCUCUGGCUGUAGCUUUCACCCAAAUGGUGGUAGCCUGGCCACCACCAGUGGAGACACAACAGUAAGGAUCUGGGAUUUCUCCCAAGGCCGCUGCAUCCUGACUCUGGAUGGCCACACCCAUGCCACUUGGGGCUGCUCCUUCCACUCAUGUGGGGACUUUGUGGCCUCCUGCUCAAUGGACAACACUACAAAGGUGUGGGACCUGCAGAGCGAGCGCUGUCGUAGCACACUGCGUGGCCACGUUGACUCGGUCAACAGUGUUACUUUCCUGCCCUUUUCCAACACUCUUCUUACUUGUUCAGCUGAUAAAACCCUGUCUUUGUGGGACGCCAGGAUUGGCCUGUGUGCACAGACCUUCUAUGGCCACCAGCACUCCUGCAACCAUGCCACCUUUAAUGCACUGGGCAACACUGUUGCCUCCUGUGAUUCAUAUGGAGUGGUCAAACUAUGGGAUGUGAGGAAAGUAGCAGCCUUGAUAACCAUGGACACUGGGCCACAUCCCAGCAACCAAAUGGCCUUUAGCCCGUCAGGCCGAACACUGGCUAUCGCCAGUAAUGAUGGCUCAGUUAAGCUGGUGGAGCUGGCAUCUACUCAGGUGUCCAGUUUAUUGGGCCAUGAUGAUGCUGUCCAGAGUGUAGUCUUUGAUCACAAGGGGGAGUACUUAUUAUCAGCUGGGUCAGAUGGUGCCAUUCUCAUCUGGUCGUGAAAUUAAUAAAUGUUAAAAAUGAUUUUUAGCUGAUUAUUAAACGUAAAAUGGACUUCUAAUUGCUGACGUGUUACAUUGUUUGAUUCUUGCACAUAAUUCUGUUCUCCAAUUAUCUUAUUUUUGAAGAACAUUUACCACUUUUCCUGAAUAAAAUAAGAUAUUUAAAGAUGUUUUAUAAUUUACUCAUUUAUUUCUGAAUUGAAGCAUGAAAAAGGUUUUAAUGACCUUAUUUACAUGAUUCACAUUAGCUAUGCCUAUGAUUAAUACAAAUCACUAAUUUAAUUGACACAAGUAGUCUACCGUUAAGGAAAAACCUAGUCGUUUCUCUCUAGAAUGCCCAGGUGCGGCGCUAUGAUUUUAGUAGCCCUUUUUUGAGUGGAGAGCGGAAGUGGGAAGAAGCACAGACACAACAUCUAUAAAAACAAAACAAAACGUGCACACGAGAUACAAUUGGAAGUUUCAAUUUUUUAAGGUUCACCGAGAUUAAAGCUUGGUAUCAAUUUAAGAGUAACGUUGUUUACAUAUGGUUGCUCGCAUAGAUAAUGUUUUAUAGGCGACAUUUUACACAAAUGAGCAUGUUCUGCAUCUCACAUUAGCUAGCUAAUUGCUAACGUUAGCCAGCCAGCCAGCCAGGGUUGGUAACAUUAUUUAACUUUAAUUUGGUCUCUUAACUUAGCAGCACUGUGUAAGCAACUAUGGAAAGCCUGUACAAGCGUCAAGUGUUCGCGACGAUGCGA